AUGUCCACCCUACCGGAAGAACGAGUUCUAAAACCCCUCGAUCCCGUCCCCGAAGAUGUCAAUGACUGGCCAGAUUUUGCAUUGCGAGAAGCAAAAAUCUUCUACCAAGGAAAGGGCCGAUAUGCAGACCUGUUGCAGGCCUCGGAAGAGACACCACUGUGUGUGGUAGGAGAAUUGAUGCCCCUGGACGACGACCAGGAACACCUUGCCUUGAUAGAGGAACCACUCUAUGCACGAAUAAAGAUCGACAACGUUACGAAUUACAGCUUUGGUCAAGACGACAAUGGGAAGCCUGUCAUCUGGGCUGCAGGGAAGGCAGGCUGGUACGAGAUUUCACCCUCAGAUCGCUAUCUGAGUUACUAUAACGACACAUUGGAGGCUAUUGAUUUAUUCUAUUUCAUGGUCGAUCAGCACCAGAAGCUUGUACAGAAACGUCAGAGGUUUGGGUUCAUGAUCGACCCAUUUCUCACCGAAUAUCAGAAGCACACGGGUUAUAGAAUAAACGAUGAUGAUGAGGCCAUGGAGACGAUCCAUAAACAUCACCGCUUUCUUCUGAAGCAGAUGGUGGAAGAGCGAGAGGGGAUCGAGUGGUCCCAGACAUAUCUCUGGAAACAUUUAGCCGAGACGUACGCCCUCGAACUGGAGGAGUUGAAAGCAGCUUUGGCAAGAGUCAAUCAAACUAGUCUCCCAGAGGCGUCCGAUUCAUCAGAGGAGGAGGGGGGGGAGGAGGAGAAGGAAGAAGAUGAUGAUGAUAAAGAAGCAGACGAAGGGCCGCACCAGGAAAGAGAGGGCACGUCAGAAGGAUCCGAGGGAGACGAAUCAGAAGGUAAUUCCGAGGCUGCCUCUAGCAGUGCGACCGAAACCAAGCCGGAGCCCAUUGACUGGACUAAACCUAUAUGGGAUAUGCUGAAUAUCCUUCGAAAGUCCGUCAACUUCAACAUGAGACACUGUGGAAUUGAUGAAGCUGCUACGGAGCUACAAAAAUUGCCUUCAUUCGAGGGAUCGCAUGAAGAUGCAGUGGCUGCCUUUGAGCGCUCAGCAGAACCCUUACUGAAGCUAAUGAACGAAGCAAAACUCCGGAAGAAAUUCAAUUGGUCUACUCGGAGAAUAUACGAUGAGUUGGAAGCCACACUCGCCGAUGUGGUAGCGGAUGAGACCAUGAAGACACCUCGCAAACCCGGCGAAGGAAAACCUCAGCGGCACCGAAUGAAGUCUGUGCUUCGUCCUAGUGGGGCUGGCAAAUCACACAAGCGCGCAAGAGGGGUCGUGGACGAUGAGGACGAAGAUAUGAGUGAUAUUCCCGUCUCAUCACUAGUAGCUCGACGGCAAGCUGGUCCUUUGCCGCCCAGUAGGAUGAGGGAAGCCACGGUUGAUUCGGGGCACAGUCGCGAAGAUAGUCCCAGUCGACAACUCAAUGGCCAUCCGGAUCCUGACGCGUUGCCGGAGCUCCCGCCUGGACCAGAAGCGCAAGAAAUGCUCGAUUUGGUUGCUCAGGAGGCGAAGCGAGUUGGUCGGCAACAUCAGACGGGUCAUCUGAAAGAAUUUCUGGGCCAAUGGGUUGUUUGA